AUGGGCGUGCCCGAGAGCCUUUCGUACGCUAGCAUCGCAGCGCUUCCCUUCGAAUACGGCUUGUAUGCCCUCGUCAUGCCACAGCUGAUCUACUCACUUCUGGGUCAGUCUCGGCAGUUGAUGGUGGGCCCUGUGGCCAUGUUGUCGCUCCUGGUCCACGCCGGUCUCGAAGGUAGCCUCGAUGCGGCGCAAUGCCCGGAAUGGUUCGAGCUGAAGAAGAACGAGACCGCCGAAGCCUUCGAUGUUCUCGUCCAGAGUGAGGUGUGCCAGGAGAAGUACAUCGCCGUGACUGUCUUGACCUCGCUUUUGGCGGGAUCCGUCCUGUUGCUUGCCUGCGUUCUUCAGCUGGGCUUUCUGCUGAAGUUCCUAGGGCAUCCCGUGGUGUCCGGCUUUUCCACCGGGUCAGCUCUCAUCAUCAUGAUUAGCCAGUUCAAGAACUUUCUGGGCGUGAAGGUGGAAGAGUCGGAAUUUCCGAUCCUGAGCAUCUUGUCUCUGAUCGAGCAUGCCCCGCAUGGGCAGCCGAUAACGCUCGCGUUCGGACUCGUGUUCACAGCCACCCUAGUCGCACUGCGAAAGUUCGGCUAUGCCUACCCGCGCUGGAAGCUAGUUGGUUCCCUGGGUCCGCUGAUCAGCUGCGUCUCAGGCGUCCUGCUCAUCUACUUCUGCAAGCCGCUGCAGCACAUCAAAGGACUCGAUUACGUCCACGAGGUCCCAGGUGGCUCUCUCCCGACCAGCAUUGGCAUCAUGUCAUCCUGGACGGCUCAUGACGUGGGUCAGACGAUGCCUCUGGCGCUCUCGGUGGGCUUCCUUGGCUUCUUGGAAGCGUUUGCGACUGCACAGAACCUGGCGAAGCAGCACGGCUACCAGGUGGAAUCGAGCCAGGAGCUCCUUGCACUGGGCGCCUGCAAUGUGGUCGGUGCGAUCUUCACGGCCUAUCCGGCUACCGGUAGCUUCUCUCGUUCGGCAGUGUGCAACUCCACGGGCGGCAAGUCGCAAUUGUCAGGGGUGACGGCAGCUUCCCUGUCUUUCCUUGCGCUGCUCUACCUCACGCCGCUCUUCUACUACCUGCCGAAGUUCGCCCUGGCCGCCAUAGUCGUGAGCUCAGUCUCGAAGCUCGUGGCUUAUGAUGUGGCCAUGAACCUGUAUCGAGUCAAGAAGGCCGACUUUACCAUGUGGAUGACGGCGAUGAUCGGCACGCUCUGCGUGGGUCCGCGCUUGGGUAUCAGCUUAGCUGCACUGCUUUCCUUGCUAAUCGUGAUUUACGAGUCCAUCCAUCCGCCAAUUCAGGUGCUCUGGCGUGUCGAAGGCACAAACAGCUACCGGAACAUUCAGCAGGCCCCGGAGGGAGCCUUCAUGAAUGGCAUUUUCAUAGUCCGGAUUGGCGGUUCCUUGUACUUUGCCAAUGUUGCAUACGUCGAGGAGACGCUGUCCACGCUAAUUUCAGACAUGCGCGACAUAAGCGAAGUCAGAUACUUGGUCUUAGACUUCACACCGGUUGUCACCGCGGACUACUCGGCAAUGGAGGCGCUUCACAGCGUCAUCCACGACUUCCGGUCGCAAGGCAUUCAGGUCGCCUUCUCUUGUGUCGGGGAGCGCCUGGAGCGCAGCCUCCGGAAAUUUGGGCUGCUAGACUACCUUGGAGAGGACUGGCUCUUCCAUAGCGUGCACGAGUCCGUCAUGCACUGUGUCUGCCAAGACGGCGACCCCUUGUCCCUGGCAACUCUGCAGCAGGAGCGCGAGGAAGCAUUACGGGAGCUGGAGCACGCAGAGCGGCGAUGCCUGCAACUGCACAUCAUCGACCGAGGCGUAUUUGUGGAAGGCGGGUGA